AUGGGAGCUUCUAUGAGUUUCCCAGGUGCAUCAGGUUCAUAUGGAGGUUUCUCUAUAACCCACUCAGCAGAUAUCCGCAGCGGCGAGGUCCCUAUACUGCAGCAGGAACGUGUAGUAACCGGAGCAGCAGGAGUUGCAGCAGCAUUUGAACACAUAACACCCCAGUUCGCUGCUCCCCCCGUAUCCAAGUCUCAGAUCAUCUAUGGUUGGGUCCCGGACCCAGAGGCAACCACCACCAGCCUGGAGGCUCUCAACGCAGCGGAGCUGAACAACGCGCUGAGGAGUGCAGCAUUUGUUAACAAACUCAGAAGUACACUCAAUCUGCAUGUCAGUGUCGUCGUAGCUGCCUGA